CGUGGGAGAACUUGGCAAGCUUGAACUCUAGGGUUGCGGGUCAUGUGGCAUCCGUGGUCAAGAGCCACGCCGCAAUGCACGUGCCAGCGGAGUGGCUAGCCCGACCUGACCGGCGUCUCUCGUGGGCCCUGUCACUCUCACGCUGCGGCCGCAGGACCCGGCGGGCCAGCUACGCGGGGUCCUCGCUCUCCUCCCACGUGGGCCAGAGCCGGCCCGCCCUCCAGACCCCAGACGCGCCAGGCCAGGGCGCGUGUGCUCGCGCCUCCCAGCAGGCCCGGGGCUGCGGCUGCUGCGCUCCUCCUCCGCCGCCCCCUCCCCGCCUCCCGCGGCUGCCGCCUCAAGGAUGGCCUCCAGACCCUGUCCGGUCCCGGCGAUGCCGCCAGCAAAGGCCACCAAAAGAAAAUACCACACAUCCAGUGAGGCUCCCCCUGUGAAGCGGAGGUCUGAGGCAUCAUUUCACCCAAUCAAGAAAACCGCUGUCAAAGAAACGCAAAGGACUUUUAAGGGGAAAACACAGCAGACAUUUUCUCCAAAGAAGUCUUCAGUUAGUACAGUUUGUAGUAACCAAGAGAAGAGACCAUGCAUUAAGACAUCAUCUUUGUUUAAAAACAACCCAGAAAUUCCAGAACUUCACAGACCUGUUGUAAAACAGGCACAAGAAAAGGUGUUUACUUCAGAUGCUUUUCAUGAACUGGACCUCCACCCACAUUUAAUUUCUACAGUAAAUACAGUCUUAAAAAUGUUUAGCAUGACCAGUGUUCAGAAGCAAAGUAUUCCUGUGUUACUUCAAGGCAGAGAUGCUCUUGUGAGGUCCCAGACGGGCUCAGGUAAAACUCUUGCCUAUUGCAUCCCUGUGGUACAGUCCCUUCAAGCAAUGAAAGCAAAAAUACAGCGAAGUGAUGGUCCAUAUGCACUGGUGCUUGUACCAACAAGAGAGCUGGCUCUCCAAAGCUUUGAUACUGUCCAGAAACUACUCAAGCCAUUUACCUGGAUUGUUCCUGGAGUAUUAAUGGGAGGAGAGAAGAGAAAAUCAGAAAAAGCCAGACUCCGCAAAGGAAUAAAUAUCCUUAUUUCAACUCCUGGACGUUUGGUGGAUCACAUAAAGUCCACAAAGAACAUCCAUUUUAGUCGGAUACAGUGGCUGAUUCUGGAUGAAGCCGACAGAAUCUUGGAUUUGGGUUUUGAAAAGGAUCUCACAGUGAUACUCAAUGCUGUAAAUGCUGAAUGCCAGAAACGACAAAAUGUCUUGCUGUCUGCAACACUUACAGAAGGUGUAGCACGGCUAGCUGAUAUCAGUUUGCACAACCCAGUCAAUAUUUCUGUCCUGGAUGAAUGUCAUAAUCAAUCUAACCCAAAGGGCAAAGGGGUUAUGGAAGCUUUUCCACAUACUAAUAAUGAGAUGGAUGGCUUUGCCAUACCAGAGAGCCUCGAGCAGUAUGUGACACUGGUUCCCAGCAAGCUGAGGCUUGUCUCCCUGGCAGCCUUCAUCUUGCAGAAAUGCCAGUUUGAAGAAGACCAGAAGAUGAUUGUCUUUUUCUCCAGUUGUGAGUUGGUGGAGUUCCACUACAACCUCUUCAUCCAGACCCUGCUGAGCGUCUCAGUGACCCCAGCCCCAGGGCAGUUACCAUCUGCCUGCACAAGAUUAAAAUUCCUACGGCUGCACGGCAACAUGGAGCAGGAGGAAAGAACAGCUGUGUUUCAAGAGUUUUCACAUUCCAAAAUAGGCAUCCUUCUCUGUACGGAUGUUGCAGCUCGAGGCUUAGAUCUCCCUCAAGUCACAUGGAUUGUUCAGUACAAUGCUCCAUCUUCACCUGCUGAAUACAUCCACCGGAUUGGGAGAACCGCCCGGAUUGGCUGCCGUGGGAGCAGCUUGCUCAUUUUGGCUCCUUCGGAGGCAGAAUAUGUCAACUCGUUGGCUUCUCACAAAAUCAAUGUUUCUGAGAUUAAGAUGGAAGAUAUUUUGUCUGUUCUGACACAGGACUGUUGUUUGAAAGGGAAACGAUGGGGAAGCCAGAAAUCCCAUGCUGUUGGUCCCCAGGAAAUCCGAGAGCGAGCUACAAUCUUGCAGACAGUGUUUGAAGAUUAUGUGCACUCCAGUGAAAGGACGGUCUCCUGGGCCAAGAAAGCUCUGCAGUCCUUUAUCCGAGCCUACGCAACCUACCCCCGAGAACUGAAGCAUAUCUUCCAUGUUCGUUCACUCCACCUUGGGCAUGUGGCUAAGAGUUUUGGGUUAAGAGAUGCCCCUCAGAAUCUGAAUGUCUCAGCUAUAAAGAAGAGAAAAGCCAAUCUGAAGAGGCCUGACCUUCAUAAGAAGACUCAGAGUAAACACCGCCUUGCUGAAAUCUUGCGUUCAGAAUACUCAAGUGGGAUGGAGGCCAGCGUCGCCAAGGUCAAAAAGCAAAACAAACACACAGAGGCUGGCAGCCAACCGCACAGCAAUGGGCGCCCAGCCCUGGCCGUGGGAAAAAAGACAAAAAUGCUCUCCAGGAAACAGAAACCCAAACAGGCUGAUUGAGGAGAACGGACUAACGGAAAAGUUUCUUUAAACUCCACCUCCCCAGGACAGGGCCUCAGGGUGAAACCCCUGUGGCACUGGAUUGAUGUCCUGUUCUUGCCAGAGGAGCCCCUUCUGAGAAAUGACCUGAAAUAAGAAAUCUCUGAAAUAAGUUCUAAGACCUUGGAAGCCAUAGAGGCGAUGGGGAUUGGAGGGGAAUAAGUUAGCACGGUGUAGACUUCCCAGUUGUGUCUGAUAUGUGAUACCUUCUGUCUUGCGUUUAUUCCCGCAAUGCUAGGCUCCUCUUUCCACCCAGAGAUCUGUGUCCUCCACAACUUACUGUAACAACCUCAGGUCAAGUGCCUCUGCCAGAAAGUUCUCUGGGUGCCUUUUAAAAGAUAGGAAAAUAUAUUUAUUGCUUUCUUGGUGUACAAAAAAAAAUUUUUUUUUGACAACCAAAGAGAUUUUGAUGUGGGUUCAAACUCCUCAAGGAUUUUUCCACUCAUGUGCUCUUAUGUCUAUAGCAGAGACGAUGCUUUUUCACACCUCAUAUUUUCAUGCCCACUGUAAACUUACUCUCUCCAGGAUAAAUGAUAUACUAUUACCUUCUCAUUGUUUGCCUUUGAAGUCAGGCACCCAUGGCCUGAGCUUUUUCUCCCGGAAGAACCUGGAGAAGCUUGUCUUCAAGACAGAUUUGGAGACCUUUGUAUAAUGGCCACAGCCAUCCCUCCCCCGUUGUGUUUUCUGGCAGGUCUGAAAGAGGACCCCCCAGGGUGUAUUGAUUUCCCAAUAAAUGUAAGAUGUGGACAUGGGUAACUGCAGAGGGGGGUGGAGGAGAGCACGGAAGGCUGUGCGCCACUGUCCAGCAGCAGCCUGUCCUCUCUACUUGUCUCCAGCAGCUCUCUUCUCACCUCCUCUUCUAACAGUGGAAUGGAGGCCAUUUUCUUAUGGGCCACCAAGAUCCCAUGAAAUUCAUGGCCAGAAAGGAUUGUGAGAGGUUACAAAGUGGGCCAUUCUGCAGGGACUACACAGGGGUCAGCACCUGGACCCCUGUCCCUUUCUGGUCAUCAGAAGGUGAAUAGCAGCUGACCCACAUCAGAUAGGACUCUGGUUUUGAAGUUGGGUGUCAGCUUUGAAAGAACUGAUUCCCUGAAGGAAGAAAAGUCAUAACCCUCUCAGAGUUGACUGUAACCUAUGAAUUAACAGGGACGGUUGGUGAAAUUUGUAACAACAUUAAUAAAAAUCAAAACAAAAACUUGUCGCA